AUGCCGCUCUCUCUGGGUGGCUCCCAGUGUCUGAGUGCUCCUGUCACAGUGGGAAUGGGCCCAGAUGCUCUUGUCUCUUCUGUUUUCUGUUCCACCCAGGGUGCCCCUGGCUUCGACGGUGAGAAAGGUUCGCUGGGAGAGAAAGGAAGCCGAGGACUAGACGGUUACCAAGGACCUGACGGAUACCCAGGACCCAAGGGAGAAACGGGAGACCCAGGGCCCCCCGGCCCGCCGGCCUACUCCCCUCACCCGUCCCUGGCCAAAGGUGCCAGAGGUGACCCAGGAUUCCCAGGAGCCCUCGGGGACCCGGGAGCCCGGGGCGAGCCAGGAGACCCCGGCCCGCCAGGUCUCCCUGGCACGUCCGUCAGAGAUGAAGAUGAGAAGAGAGGCUUGCCUGGGGAAAUGGGACCGAAAGGCUUCCCAGGAGAGCCGGGUGUCCCCGCACUGUACCCCGGCCCACCAGGAACUGAUGGACAGCCAGGGCUCCGAGGGCCCCCUGGCCCUCCUGGACCACCUGGACCAGACGGUUUCCUUUUCGGCCUUAAAGGAUCAAAAGGAAGGAUAGGCUACCCGGGGCCGUCGGGUUUCCCCGGGGCUCGUGGACAGAAAGGAUGGAAAGGUGAUGCCGGGGACUGUAGGUGUGCAGAGGGCGACCAGUUUGUCGGGGGCCUUCCGGGGCUGCCAGGACCCAAGGGCUUCCCGGGCAUCAAUGGGGAGCCGGGGAGGAAAGGCGGCCAAGGAGACCCGGGCCAGCAUGGCAUCCCCGGGUUCCCGGGCUUCAAGGGAGCCCCUGGUGAGACUGGACCUCCUGGGCCCAAAGGAGUAAAGGGAGAUUCCAGAACAAUCACCACCAAAGGUGAGCGAGGACAGCCCGGUGUCCCAGGUGUGCCAGGGACGAAAGGGGACGAUGGCUUCCCAGGGCGAGAUGGACUCGAUGGCUUCCCGGGCCUCCCAGGCCCUCCUGGUGAUGGCAUCAAAGGCCCCCCAGGGGAUGCAGGCUACCCAGGAGCACCCGGCACCAAGGGCAUUCCAGGAGAAAGCGGCCCCCCAGGACUGGGCCUGCCUGGCCCCAAAGGCGACCGCGGUUUCCCCGGAGAUGCUGGAUUACCUGGACCGCCAGGCUUCCCUGGGCCUCCUGGCCCCCCAGGCACUCCGGGACAAAUAGAUUGUGAUACAGGUGUGAAAAGGCCCAUUGGAGCAGAUGGACAGGAGACCAUCCAGCCAGGUUGCAUCGGAGGGCCCAAGGGAUCGCCAGGCCUGCCGGGCCCCCCAGGCGCCCCAGGUGUCAAAGGCCUCAGAGGGAUUCCAGGAUUGUCCGGAGCUGACGGAUCACCAGGGCUCAAGGGUCUCCCGGGAGACCCGGGCCGGGAGGGAUUCCCAGGACCCCCAGGGUUCGUGGGGCCCCGAGGAUCCAAAGGCGCAGUAGGCCCCCCUGGCCUGGAUGGGGCCGCAGGUCCCUCAGGCCUGCCAGGGCCAGUUGGGCCCCCGGGGGACAGGGGCCUUCCUGGAGAAGUCCUGGGGGCCCAGCCCGGGCCCCGGGGAGACGCUGGACUGCCUGGACACCCUGGACUGAGAGGUCCUCCGGGAGAGAGAGGCCCGCCUGGAUUCCGGGGGAGCCAGGGGAUGCCGGGGACUCCGGGCCUGAAGGGUCAGCCGGGCUUCCCAGGACCGUCGGGCCAGCCGGGCCUGCCCGGGCCACCAGGACAGCACGGCUUCCCAGGAGCUCCUGGCCGGGAAGGGCCCUUGGGGCCGCCGGGUGCCCCUGGCUUCGGAGGUCUGCCUGGAGACAGAGGGGAACCGGGGGACACAGGCUUCCCUGGCCCUGUGGGCAUGAAGGGUGAACCCGGUGACAGAGGUACCCCUGGUCUGCUGGGCCAGAGGGGUCAUCCUGGAAACCCUGGAUUUAAAGGAAUGGCCGGAAUGCCUGGUGCCCCCGGACCAAAAGGUGACUACAGAGCAGGACCCCGGAAUUUCCCUGUGGGUGCGGCGGGGUGGCCCAGCGGGAGGUGUCACGGGCCCUGGGACACGCUGACGCUGCCCAGGCUGGCUAUGACCACUGUGCCCCAAAAGGUCAGUUUAUUAGCUGACCACGAGAGACACACUGUCUGAGGAGCAGGACUCACU